UAAUGUGAAAAUACAAUAUGGCGGAAUUAGAUGACAUAAUUCCUUAACGUGAUUGUAAAAACUGUUACCAUCCAAGAAAUACAAAAACAUUGUGGUUUCAUCAUUUUUUACAUUUGAAUUUUGUAGCAUGAUUGGGUUGCUUCUUCGGGCUGCUGGCCAGAGAGUGUUGCUUUCGAAUCCUCAUCAUGGUGUUCUGGGUUCAAGAUUAUGUAAGCUUAUGGUAGGGAGAGUAUGCUUUCAUAGCAUAACACGAAACAGGUUUAUCUGCACAAGAUGCUUUAAAGAACUUUCAGUGACAAAGGAAAUAACCCUCUUACCAGCAAGGCGCGUAAAAAUGUUUCCAGAUUUGAUGUGGGGUGUCAGUCGGCGUUUUGCUGUGACUCGUGUCGGCUCGAAAGGACAUUCGGCCUCCAGUAUGCGGAACAAGACAACAGCGAUUUAUAUAAUAGCCCUUGCAGUCACAGUUGUGGGAGCCUCAUACCUUGCUGUACCUCUUUAUCGCCUUUACUGCCAGGCAACAGGUUUGGGUGGAACAGUGAAGAGAGAGGAAUCUGGGGAGAAGAUUGAGCAGAUGGAAAGGAAACCAGAAAGAGAGUUAGUUAUCAGGUUUAAUGCAGAUAGGAGUGCUUCCAUGCAGUGGAACUUCAGACCUCAACAGACAGCUAUCAGGCUUGUACCAGGGGAAACAGCUCUGGCAUUUUACACUGCUACUAACCCAACUAAUGAGCCCAUCACAGGAAUUUCAACAUAUAAUGUGAUUCCCUUUGAGGCAGGACAAUAUUUCAACAAAAUCCAGUGCUUUUGCUUUGAGGAACAGAGACUGAAUCCACAUGAACAGGUGGAUAUGCCAGUAUUUUUUUACAUUGAUCCCGAAUUCACUGAAGAUCCUGCCAUGGCUAAAGUGGACACCAUCACUCUCUCCUACACAUUUUUUGAAGCUAAAGAAGCUGAAAGGCUCGGUUUAUAAUGACUGCUGUGUUCUUCACAGAGUAAAAAGGAGUUAACUGUAUUACGAUUCUGUACAAUACUGUACACGAAGACAUAUCUUGUCUCACACUCAAGAACAUUCGAAGAACAUUCGAACGCGCCAAAGCUGCCUACCACGAAAAGACGUGACAAUUGGGAACAGUUUCACGCGCGUCAAAUUGCUUCGAAGGACUUUCACGCGAAUUCUUUUGCUCAACGCAUGUCUUACUGUGUAUUUUAUUUCCUGAGGAAAAACCACAGGUGCUAAAAUACUUCUCCAAUAAAAACAACUUAACAUGCCUGUAA